AUGUCGCCCAAGGCCAAAACCGAUCCUGAGAAACUCUUGUUUAUCCGCUUUGACCACAUUCUCGAACGUUCAAAGGCUCUCUUGUCAUCUGCGAACAACGAGAAAGAUUCUUGCUCUAAGGAAAUCGCUGCGUCCUUUUUCUCAAAAAUCUCUUCACUCAUCGUAGACCUUACCGAUGCUUUCUCCAGCUGGCUCAUGGCGGCUAACAAAGUAUCGGAGGAGAAGCUGGUCGAAACGAAGAAGGCCUUCAACGAUGUUUCGAUUCUUGCCGACAACGUGCUUGUCGUUUUAAAUGCCCGCGCCGGGCAUACUCCUAAAGAAGAAACGAAAUCGUCGCAAC